UGCCAGUGAAGGAUGGGAGUUUCAAACAGUUCCUUCAAUGGCAUUGAAGAGGAGUCAAAAUUGAUUAAUGACUUGGUUCUUUCGGCGAAAAAUGGAAACUUUGGUCGGGUAUGGGAAAUUAUUGGCGAACCGAACAAGACGAAAAAAGCUCAUUUGUUGAACUGUAUUCCUGAUUCACGCCGUUGGGGAGUUAUACAUCAAGUGACGUUUUGGAAUAAAAAAGAUGUCCUGAAUAAACUACUAAAAUAUGAAGCUUGUGAUGCCGAUAUGCGCACAAAGAGGUGCACAUCAGAAUGCGGGGACACGAGUGGAAUGCGUGCAUUAGAUAUUGCAAGAGCAUUCAAACGCCCGGACAUGGAUAGAAUACUAUCAGCACACAAAUGUAAUAUGAUGGGUCAAAAACUAUACACAUUUCAGAGAGAACUAUAUUUGGGACUUCUAAGCAAUACCAUUGCCUCAUAUAAAGCCACAUUUCAUCCUGGCGUAAUUACUCCUUUUGCAACAGGUCUGGAAAUCUUACAUACGAUCUGGAUGGAUAUGAAUAGAAGCAAACAAAGGUUUGAUGCGGUGAAAAAACAAGUAUGCGAUUCUAUGUUUGUUGUAUCCGAGGCAAAUGCUAUUAUGAUAGAAAACACCACUACUAAAGAAGAUUUCUAUAAGAUGAUUGUAAAGGCAUACAGUAUCGAAACCAAUUUCCUUUACAAUUACAUCAGUAUGGCUAUGCGAAGACAGACAAGUACCAAUUACCAGCCAACAGGAGAUGACCUGGCUCUUGGACCGUAUACUGUCAUGUACCAAAUGCUAUUGCUCUUUUGGGACAAACUAACCCCUGAAAGUGGAACAACGUACCGCCAGAUGAAAAUGAAAAUGGAGGAUGUAAACAUGUAUACAAGAGGUACGGUUUUCUACUGGCAAUCUGUAGUUUCCUCAACAAAAGAUGAGGUAAACGCUCAAAGUUUUCCGACAGUUGAAAAUUCUCCAGGCGAAAAUAUUGUUUUGUUUGUAAUAGACAACAGUGCGAAGUGUGCGUGGCAGCCAAAAAAUAUAGAAAAGUACGCUUCGUAUAGUGAAUCUGAAAGGACUUACCCUGCUGGUGCAAAGUUUUGUGUAAUGAGCUCGUCUGAGUUUUGCGAAGGUUAUUAUCGAGUGAAGCUGUCAUUGCUGGCGCAUUAAAUAGCGUUAGUUAUAGUCUUGUUUACCUGUAUACGGGCAAAUUAGCACAGUACUUAACGAGUGUCCGUCGAUGAGACAUUAGCAUUACCUGUGGUGCAAAAAUCUUUUGUAGAUGACAACAACAUUUAGACACGGUAUAUUUAACUUUACUUUUACGAAGUGAGAAAGUGACAGCCUAAAACUAAUUUCACGAAUGGAGUUGUUUGAAUUUUUUAUUUUUUUGCCAAACUAUUUCUGUUGAAUCCUUUAUUGUUUGCCAUUUUAGAAAUCUAUAGAAUUUCCCUUUUCUAUAUUGUAUAUAGCAAAUUUAAGAUAUGUGAACAGUAUUAAUAUAUGCCAGUUGUAGUAAGUAUAAUAAACUGGUUUGUUUAUGAUAAACAAAGACUUAACUGAUAAUGACAUAUAUCUUAUGCAAAUGAAUAACAAUGUUCCUAUGAAACAAACGACUUGUGUUUUAAUAAAGAAACAAAAACAGUACAAAAAAAAUUUUUUACUUCUUAAUGACGAAAAAAUUACAUCAUUGUUUUUCAUAAAAGGGUUCUGCGGCACAGAUACGUUUCAUACCUGUAUUGCUUUUAAAAUUAAUUGUACACACGACUAUGUUUUGGUUAACUAUAUAUAUAUAUAUAUUUGAGGAACUGUAUCACUGCAUUUUAGACAUUGUAUACUUCACUAUAUUUUAUGCUCCCGUCGAAGUUUAUAGUUUCUCUAAAACAGCACGGAUGAACACUAACAUAAGAUUAUACUUGGUA